UUACAGUAUAUUCCUCAUAAACAAAGAUGAUUGAUAUUUUAAAUGGGUUUGACCAUUUGUUGGUAGACAUUCAUUCCAAAGAUUUACACGAACAAAUCUCUAAACGGCUUAAAAUCCAAUAUCUAUCAGAUUCCUCCCCCUCAGAAUUCAAAGAAGCGAAAGGAAUCUUUUUUGGACCUUAUUUCAGAAUCAUUGUCUCUUUACCCGUUCAAAUCAAACAAAAAAGAAAGAAUGUACAUUUUAUUGUAAAUACUGGUUCUCCAAAAACAUAUAUUUGUAAAGAAGUGUAUGAAUCCUUCGGAUUGACCACAUCAGACUCAACUGUUCAUAGUAUAUUAUUAAACAAUAUAUUUACUAUAAUACAUUUACCUCCGUCCGAUUCGCAUUAUUUCAAUGAUAUUAAUAUUCUUGGUACAGAAUACUUGAAGAUUGCACAUGCAAAUUUAACUAUAGAUUUUGAAAAUGAUCAUAUUUCAUUAUUUUUUGAUCAACCUAUCCCUAUAUCAGUACAAACUACUCCUCAAUUGAAUGAAAUUGUUGGACUGGGUAUAAUUGCUUUUGCUUUGUUUUUGAUUUUUAAAGAAAACCCUCGAUUUUUUUUUCCAAUUGCAGUUGUAUUUUUAUCUUACGAAAUUUUUUAUUUUACACAAAUGAUUCAAGAUAAAUAUUUUUAGUAAAUUUUCUAAUUUUAUGUUUCUCUAUUUUUAUUGUUCAGUUUAUAUUUUUAAUUGAUAAUUUUCAAUUUCUAAAUUAAUUUCAGUCAAAUUAACUUUUAUAGUAUAUUUCCCAUAUGAUAUAAAUGUUUAUAUCAAUAAGUAAAUAAAACCUAAUAUCACCG